CACUUUGUUCAUUCGAGAAGACACAGCACCGUAACAAAAUGGUCACCGCUUGUUUCAAAGACAGAAGUACCUUUAUAAAAUGUCUUGUCUUCCUCGUGUCAGUUCUUAUCAUGAUCUUAGUGGCACUUGCCGUAAUCCUGGUUACUCGGACAGCAGCAGCCAAUAACAUCUGUAAAACGGAACACUGCAUUAAUCUGUCAGCCCAAGUUAUAAGAUACGCUGACAAAUCGAUGAAUCCAUGUGAUGAUUUUCACGGGUUCGUGUGUGGGAGUUUUAUUAAGAACAGAAGAGAGAUUCCCAUUCCGACACCAGAAGAAGAAUUAAACACUAUGAUAAAAGAUCUAGUCCAGAUGGAAGAUUCGAAACCGUUUAUUAUGCAGAAGUCGUUCUAUUUGUCAUGUUCUAAUUUGGGAGCGAUCGAAAUGGACGAUGAUGAAACACUUCUGAAUCUAUUUUAUAGUGUGGGAGAUUGGCCGGUCCUUCGUGGGUCACACUGGAGUGGAGCCUUUUUUGAAUGGACAGAAGUCGCAAAGAAAAUUCGUAGAACGGGGUUGAAGUUUGAUUGGUUUCUGGAUUUUAGUGUGUAUCCAGAUAUUAAUGAUACGGGUUUGAAUAUUUUGAAAAUUGAUAUUCCGUCUCUUUCGCCGUUCAAAAGUGAAGAAAUUUUUCCUCGUCAGAAGUUUUUUACGAAAGUUGCCAUAGCGUUAGGUGCUCCCGAAAGGUUGGCGCAUUAUGAAACUGGUAGAACGAUCGAUUUUGAACAAGAUUUAAGAACUCUUGCCGAUAACCACAGAAACCAGAAAAAACGCAACUGGGUUUCACCUCCAAAAGUAACAAUUAACGAAGUUCAAACCCUAUGGCCCAACAUCCGCUGGCUAGAAUUAAUCAACAACAUAACAGGCUUAAACUUGAUGGGGUCCGAUUACGUUAUCUUCGACGAAGUCAUCGACUACGUCAAAGACUUGAAUCACCUAAUUUAUGGAAUUCCAAAAAGAAUUGUAGCCGACUACAUGAUGUGGAAAGUCGUAGAAGAAUAUUGGCAGUUCCUGUCCCAACCAGUCCGCGAGCUUUUCGAAGAAUACUACGAAAAAGAAUACAACCGUCCGCCGGAACUCAACCGUCAGAAAUUUUGCAUAAACGAAAGCAGAAAACAGUUCCCAUUGAUUGCGGAGUCUGAGUACAUUCGUCGCCACGUGACUCAACAGAAACGAGAAUUAGUGAAGGAGAUGCUUUUUAUUGUUCGAGACAAGUUUAUCAGUAUGGUGAAAAAAGCUACAUGGAUAAAUAAGGAAGUCAGGCAUAGGGUGGUUUUCAAAUUAGAGAAUAUGGAAUUUUUGGUUGGAGGGCCUCGACAGAUAUUUGACGAAUACGGGUUCGCCGAGGACUUGGGGUUAUUUGGGUUCGUGUUUAAAUCAAGGAAUGUUAUCGAUAUGCUCAUGGAGCGGAGGAUCCGGUUUUAUGACAACUAUUUCCGGGUAGUUAAUAAGGCAGUAACGAAUAGUACGUUGGAAUUUUACGAGAAGGUUCUUAAUAUAAGCAGAUUUACGGUUAUAAAUGGCAACACAUUAGUGAUACCGGCAGCUGUAUUAAGGGACGUGUUUUAUAAUCCAAAACUGCCGAAUUACUUCAAUUAUGCGACAGUGGGGAAAGCGUUAGCACAAGCAAUAUUUGAACACGUUUUCGAUCUAAACAAUGAGAGUGCCACUGAUGAAGACAACGACAACUACAACAGCUUCCGGACGUUGGACAUUUUUGAGUCUGCGGUAAAGUGCUUAACAAAAGAAUCAUCCUCCUACAUGCACAAUGCAGAGCUAAAAAGACCGAAGAAAAUGCGCCAACUCUUAGCUCAAUUCGUGGCUCCAGAAGUAGCCUAUGAAUCUUACAAGGAGUGGGCUGUGUACCAUCCGCAAGAGUUCGGACUACCGGCUCUGGAAUUUACCCCCAGCCAAUUAUUCUGGAUUCACACAAGUAAAUUAUCUUGUAGCAAAAUUUACUCGAAACGCGACAGGGAUUAUUCUCGCUUUAAAAUUAUUGGUCCAUUGAGGAAUUCACGCAAUUUUCCUGCAGAUUUCAACUGUUCACAAAGUUCUACGAUCUUGCCGAAGAGACAGUGUCGGAUAUUGUAAACACUUAACGUUAAAUGCUAUUUAUGUUGUGAUAAUAAAGUUAAAUGU